AUGAUUGUAGCUGGUGUUGCUCGGGCUGAUCUAGUCAGGGAGCUGCUGGAUGGCAACGAGAGCGGCCUGUCUGGAAGAGCAGAAAGUCCAGCUCUUGGUGGCAUAUCCCAGCAAACUCUUCGGUCCGAUCCACUGAAGCUCUCAUGCCGCCAUGUCUGGAUGAAAAGCAUUCGCCGACACAACAGUCCCGCUUUCGUUCGCGACAAAUCUUACGGCGCUUCGAGUUGCCAUUUCUUCGCAGACUAUACUGCAUCCAGCAUCGCCAGCAACGCUCAACAGAGUUUGCAGUGGAGACUCAGCAUGGUCGUAUCUUAUCUGAGGCUUCUCGAGCUUCUUGCGAUGUAG